AUGAAGUCACAUAUCCAGGUCCUCACGACGCCUACGGCUGACACACCUGGGACGACUUUAUUGCUGCAUUUCGAUAAUAAGAGAUAUCUGAUAGGUAGCUUAGCGGAAGGAACACAACGAGCAUGUAUCCAGAUGGGCGCUCGUCUGCUGAAAGUCAGCGAGUGCUUCAUCACCGGCCGCACAGAAUGGAGCAACACGGGAGGUCUGAUCGGGAUGAUCUUGACUCUUGCAGACGCAGCCGCGUCGAGUGCGGCUGCUAGUCAGGAUGAGGCGAAGAGGCGCGUAGUAGCCAAGGCUAGACGGAUGGGAGUCCUGGAGGAUGUUGAGAGGAUGAAGGAAUUGGAAGAGGAGGCUAGGAGGGAGGGACAGGCUAAGUUGGGUUUCUUUGCUCCGCCGGGCGUGAAUCAUGUGCUCGCUACUGCGCGGAGAUUCGUAUUCAGGAAGGGUAUGCCGAUUGAUGUUAAUGAGAUUGUCGAGGCGAGGGGAAAUGUGGAAGGAGACGAUGCGGAGGGGCCGUACUGGGCGGAUGGGAAUGUCAAGGUUUGGGCUUUUGCUACUUUGCCGGAGAGUCAUGGGAGCGUUCAGCAGACCAACGGCAGUGCUCCAGCGAGCGGUAUCGAGAAUGAAGUCAAGAUGGCGGGCACAGUCUCGCCCCGGAAGCGAAGUUUCGAAGAAGUCGACGACACAGAGACCAAUGGCAAAAUUGCAACAUCCCCCUCCUCUCUAUCGCAAGCCGAACGAGACGAAUUGACCGUUAAAGCCGUAGUGGGCGAAAUGUUCAACUCCUCCUGGCGCCUCGACACUCUCCACGAAACUCCGCUGGGCAAAGUCAAGAUGCCGGCCUCAGUCUUCGUGCGUAGAGAUGGUAAAACGGUACCAUACAACGGCUCUGUGCCCGGCCAAGCUCCAAAACCAGGAUAUCCUGAAGCAGAUCCUGAUAUGAUCGUGUUAGUCCGUAAACCAUGGCCAGGUGCCUUGGUGGAGAGCUUGCCACCCACGGCACCGAGAAAAGAAGCAGUAAGUUACAUCUUCAAAAAUCAUACUCAACGCGGUAAAUUCCACCCGGAACGAGCAAAGGCGUUGAAUGUGGCGAAGGGACAGAAAUGGUCUAGACUCUCUUCUGGCGAGAGUGUAGAGAGUGAGGAUGGCGAGAUUGUUACGCCUGAGCAAGUGCUUGAUGAGAGUAAAGAGGGUGGCGGGAUUGCUGUGAUCGAUAUUCAUGGGCCCGAGUACUUGGAGCCUGUGUUGAGGAGGAAGGAGUGGAGGAGUGAGGGUGUAAUGAGGGGUGUGUGCGCUAUUGUCUGGAUUCUAGGACCUGGUGUCGCUGGGGACGAGAGGCUCAUGGGUUUCAUGGAAGGCAUGAAAGAGGUAGAGCAUGUUGUUAGCUCUCCGGAGUUGUGUCCGAAUCAUAUCGCCCUCGAUUCGGCGGCGGCUGCUACCGUCCGGCUUAGGCAGGUGGAUGGGAAGAGGUACGCAAUAUCUGCGCACAUCAAUGAGCCAAGUAUGUCGGCUUCUAGUCUACCAGCAAAUGCAAGGGCGGCGGCAAGGGGUCAGAUUAUUCAGCUGGAGCCGAAGAUGGAGGUUCACGAGAGAGUUGCAGUGCCCUACCUCAACGUCCCCGAUAUACAAAUCUCCGCAGAUGUUCGAGCGGAGGCUGAAAGGUGCCGGGAGGUUGCCAAAUCAGCUGCAACAAGCCCGCAGAACCAGAAAUGGCUCUCUACACUCCCUGCAGGCGCCAGCGAUGCCGAGAUAGUGACGCUCGGCACUGGUUCAGCUCUCCCGAGUAAAUACCGCAACGUCUCCUCCACUCUACUACGGGUUCCGGGUUGGGGUAGCAUGCUCUUCGAUGCCGGGGAGAACACUCUAGGACAACUGAAACGGGUCUUUGAGCCGGAGGAGCUGAAGAGUGUGUUGCAGGAGUUAAGAAUGAUCUUCAUCAGUCAUAUGCAUGCGGAUCACCACCUUGGAACGGUCAGUGUAAUCAAAGCUUGGUAUGAGGAAAUCCAUGCCUCUCGACCUCUCGUCCUAUCGGAAGGGCACCAGGCGAGGGAGAGCUGGAAUACGAAGACUGGGCUGGCUGUUGUGUCUGAACCGGCUAUGUUGAGCUGGUUGACGGAGUACGCGCAGAUUGAAGACUUUGGCUUCUCGCGGCUUGCUCCUUUACAGAUCUCCGCUGCUUUAAUCCAGGGUCGCGAGGUUGUCAAGCCCGCACGCUUAGGAUGGUUCAUCCCGCCUUCCGUCCUGAGAACGGCAGUCGGACAAGAAGCCACGAACGCUCUCCGCUCCUCCCACGCCGUCCCGGCCUCUCGCCUAAAUCUGUCCGAUAUCCAAGCCGUCUCCGUCUCCCACUGCGCCGGCGCACGGGCGGUCAGCAUAACCUUCCCUUCCGGGUUCAAGGCGAGUUAUAGCGGGGACUGCAGGCCGAGUAAAGCUUUCGAGGUCAUUGGGAAGGGCAGCACGGUGUGUAUUCACGAGGCGACGUUCGAUGAUGAGUUAAUUGGGGACGCGGUGGCGAAGAGACAUAGUACUACUUCUGAGGCUUUAGGAGUAGCGGAGGCGAUGCGGAGUCGGAGUGCGGUUUUGACGCAUUUUAGUCAGAGGUAUCAGAAGGUUCCGGUGCUUGAGAGAGGGGUGGAGGACGAAGCGCGUGCUGCGGAGAAGGAUGGGGAGGUGACUGCUGCGAUGGAGGUGGAAGAUAGUGCAAAUCCGGACGACGAUAUGGAUGCCCCUCUCGAGGACGUCAUGAACUCGUUACCGCCUGAGACGCAGGACGUGAUCAACAACGAGAAGAAGCAUUUCAAGCCAGAAACCACCGGGUCUUUUGCGAAUGUUUCCGGAGCCGGGGAGGCUGUUCGCUUCAAGUUGAAAUCCGAUAUGAAGGUCGCUGUGGCAUUUGAUUACAUGCGGGUCAAGGUUGGCGAGAUCCCGGAGCUGGAGCACUUCACCCCUGCGCUGUUGAAGUUGUUUGAGGAGGGUGAUGGGGGAGAGGAAGAGGGUGCUGGUGGUGGUUCUGAUGGCGAGGCGGAGGGUGGGAGUGCGAAGAAGAAGGGCAAGAAAGAGAAGUUUGGAAGAGGUGGUGCUGGUGGUGGCAAGGGGAGGAGGAAUAACUGA